GUUGCAUCGGGACGAAACCUUAGCCUCAGCCAGGGCGGAAAGACCGACGGGAAGUCGGGGAAAAAGAAAACUGAGCAAGUGAGAGUUAAGGCGAAGAAGGGCGAAGCAGCCGGCCGGAGGCAAAGAGAGAGCAAGUUUAGGAAGGGCGAAGCGGAACCCUGAGCAGCAAGUGGGUGUCGGCGGAGAGUUCGAGGCCGGGAGGCCGAGCGAGAGGAACGCUCGGCGACGUCGGUUCCGGAGUGCUGCUCAGUCUGGGACGCGAUGCAACCGCCGCGGCUCUGCCACUCUGACCGGGGCUGGCCCGAGGACCUGGACGUCGCGAGCCCGGCCGCUACUUCGCUAUAGCUCACUAAGGGACACGUGAUCCAGGCAGGCGGCCGCUUUUCGCCUGUCCCGUCGGAGCGCCAUGGUGACCCUCGGGAGGAGCUGCCCGCCGCUGCCGGAGCCGGAGUGAAGGCGCUGCCUUCCUGCCCGCCCCUCUCGCCAUGGAGCUAUCCAACGGCACGGCGGCGGCCGGCUUCGGCGAGCCGACCGGGUCCCCAACCCCGCCGCCCUCGGGCUCCCCGGCGGCGGCGGCCAGCCUGGGCUAUCAGCUGGCCACGUCUGUGGUGCUGGGCGCGCUGAUCCUCUUCGCCGUGUUGGGCAACGCGUGCGUGAUCGCGGCCAUCGCCCUGGAGCGCUCCCUGCAGACGGUAGCCAACUACCUGAUCGGCUCGCUGGCCGUCACCGACCUGAUGGUCUCGGUGCUGGUGCUGCCCAUGGCCGCCCUCUACCAGGUGCUGGGCAAGUGGACGCUGGGCCAGGCGAUGUGCGACCUCUUCAUCGCGCUCGACGUGCUGUGCUGCACCUCGUCCAUCUUGCACCUGUGCGCCAUCGCCCUGGACCGCUACUGGGCCAUCACCGACCCCAUCGACUACGUCAACAAGCGGACGCCCCGCCGGGCCGCCGCCCUCAUCAGCCUCACCUGGCUGAUCGGUUUCCUUAUCUCCAUCCCGCCCAUGCUGGGCUGGCGGACGCCCGAGGACCGCUCUGACCCCAACGCCUGCACCAUCAGCAAGGACCCGGGCUACACCAUCUACUCCACCUUCGGCGCCUUCUACAUCCCCUUGCUGCUCAUGCUGGUCCUCUACGGGCGCAUCUUCAAGGCGGCCCGCUUCCGCAUCCGCAAGACGGUCCGCAAAGCGGACAAGAAACAGCCGCGGUCGCCAGAUGCGCCGGUGGGAAAGGUGGCCGACACUUGCCUUUCCCACUCGCCGGCCAGACGCUCCAACGGCGGUCCCCAGCAGGAGCAGCGGCGGCAGCUGCAGGCGGCGACGGGGGCCAAGGGCAGGAGGAGCGCGGCGGAAGCCAAGGGGGCGCCCUGCGUCAACGGGGCCCUCCGGCCGAACAAAGACGGCUGGGUAGCUGCCUCGGCCCUGGAGCUGCGCGAGAUGACGUCGUCCAACUCGACCAAAAGCCUCAUGCUGCCCCUGCCCAACCACCCGCUCCCCGACGCCGCCUCGCCGGCCCCCGAGCGCAAGAACGAGGCCAAGAGCGUCGAGGCCAAGCGCAAGAUGGCCCUGGCUCGCGAACGGAAGACGGUCAAGACGCUGGGCAUCAUCAUGGGGACCUUCAUCCUCUGCUGGCUGCCCUUCUUCAUCGUGGCGCUGGUGCUGCCCUUCUGCGAGGGCUGUUCCAUGCCGGCGUGGCUGGGCGCCGUCAUCAACUGGCUGGGCUACUCCAACUCGCUGCUCAACCCGGUCAUCUACGCCUACUUCAACAAGGAUUUCCAAAGUGCUUUCCAGAAGAUCGUCAGGUGCAAGUUCUGCAUGCCCUGAGACGGGGCGGACGGCGGCCGAGUUUGCCGGGAAGGCGGCGCCAGGCGAGGGUCGGUGCUGCGCGACUUCAUCUCUUUCGGCUCCACGGACUUGCGCGAGGCCCGAGCUUGUUUCGUUGCUCUCCUUCUGCAGAACCGGGAUCCUCCGCUCCGUUUUCUCGGGUCCCUGGGCUUCGGGGUGGGAAGGGCAGGGCGUCCUUGGGGUCGCCGCACGGCUGGAGGCUCUUGGCGGCCUUGGGGGUCAGAACCCAAGCAAGGCUAGCGCGGGCCGAGAUCGCGGACCCUGCGCUCUUUUGCUCUCCGUCCUGUUCCUUUCCGAGCUACUUCUCCAGCAAGACGGCUCUGGAAGGUAGGACCGCCCGGUGGAAAGGCUGACUGUCCAUUUGAUUUGUGUCUGUCGGUCCCGGUCUCGACUCCUUCUCAAAGUUUACUUCUUA